UUUUGUAAUGGUUUGGUCACUUCGUGUUUUUUAUAAGACAAAAUAAUUUAGUAAAUAUCAUUAGAGUUCAUGUUGUAUUUGAAUCUAGUAACAUGAUUUUGUUGAUUGUGCUAAACCUAAUCAAUUUUUAAAAUAUUGAGCAAUAUGUGCCUAGGGGCCCUGUCUUUCUCCUACCAACUAUAAUAUUACAUGGCUGUACAGUUACCACACACGUGAUGCAAAUGCGAACCUUUGUGUUUACAUUUUAAUCAGUAAGCCUGGCCGCAAUUGUCUGGUGAACUGUGUAUACAACCAUGUUUGCACUGUUUGUUUACUGUUUCAUGUGUCUUCCCGUAGCGUGGAGGAUGUUUAUAGCUGCUUCAUACACCACACGGUUCUGUACUUUUGGUUACCGUAUAGUUUUAUUAUUGCUUUUAUAGCAGUCAAGUGGAAAGGAGAAAGAAAGUUUCAGGUGUCAGAUAUGGUUGGUAGGUGCUUAUUUGGUGCAUGUAAGCGAUACACCGACAUGGUUAAAACUCACUAAAAAUUAAUUGCUUUACUAUUUAAAAACUAUAAAAUCUCAGAUAAAUUGCAGUUGCUUUGAAAAAUUUGGUUCGAAUAAUUUGGGUUAACAAUUUAGCUAAUUUUCAGCAAUAAUUUUUGGGUAAACACGAAGAAAUUGUUUUGUUGCGGGACAACUUUAAAAAAUACCGAAUAUAGUGUGUGUUACGGUGUUUUGCGUUUAUUUUACCAAAGUAGAAGCGACACGCCUUGAACCCACAUCCCGUUAGAGGCAGGCGAACCAACCACUGUACCACGGUGCUAAUAUACGGUUAUAGAUUUACCUACUUUCCCAAAUUAAUAUUUUGCAGUAAGCCACGCAACACCAUAUUUGAAUAAUCAGUGCUAAUGCUGUCCCAUUUCCCCCACUCUACUAUACACUAUUUUUGGCAUACAAAAGUGCACCCCUAUAGUUUUGUUCCAGAUGUGAAGUUUGAAACUUAUGUACUAUAAAUAGCCUAGUAGAUUAAUGUUUGACACAAAUCAAAUUAAUUAAACAGUUACAGUAGUAAAAUUGUGAUACAUUUGGUAUGAGCCUGGUAUGGAGAUUGCAGCCUGUUUUUUCUUUACAAAAGAAGUUUCUAACAAGUUUGAAAUUAAAAAAUGCCCCAAACCGACUCUCAUCACAUCAAAGUGUUAAAAAUGAUGUUCCCUAUGAAAGCUCCAUACACCGGAGCAAAAAUAAAAAUUCAAUGAAGAACAAAAUACCAACUGAAGCAGAUGUGGUUGUCAUAGGGGCUGGCAGUGUUGGAUGCAGCACAGCUUAUCAUCUUUCUAAACUUGGUGCAGGAAAAGUUGUCAUGCUGGAAAAAAGUCAGAUCACGUCAGGAACAACUUGGCACACAGCAGGUAUACUGUGGAGCUUCAGGCACAGUGAGUCUGAAACAAUAAUGCAACUUCAGACGAGGGAUCUGAUCAGUAAGAUAUUGCCGGAGGAAACAGGUGAAGACGCAGGCUGGUUAGAGACGGGGACAUUGAACACAGCGAGAACAAAAGAUCAAUUCAUAGACUAUUUACAACACUCAGCGUUUGCUAAAGCGAUGGGUGUGGAGAUACUUCAGUUGCAGCUAAAUGAAGUUAAUGAUAUCCAUCCUUUGUUAAACACCAGUGAUCUGUAUGGUGUUAUAUAUUCACCAGCUUGUGGUACUAUGGACCCAGCUACAUACUGCAUGUCUUAUGUAAAAGCUGCUGCAAAACAUGGUUUAGAGAUGAUUGAAAACUGCACAGUGAAUGGCAUAACAAUGAAAGAGGAUUACCUUGGUUUAAAACGAGUUCAAUCUGUUGAAACCAAUCAUGGCACAAUUAGAACAAACAAUGUUGUAAACUGUGCAGGAGCAUGGGCACCUUAUAUAGCACAGACAAUUAAUGAAAAUGUGCCGCAAUUGGUGUAUAAACAUGCUUAUGUUGUUACUGAAGCAAUUGAAGGCAUUCUUAACACUCCAAUGAUCAAAGACCAUGGUUCAAUCUAUUUGAAACCACAAGGAAAUGCAUUGCAAUUUGGGGGAUAUGAAACCAACCCAAUUUUGGUAAAAAAUUUGCCAAAAGAUUUUUCAUUCGGUCUUUAUGACAUGGAUUGGGACAUAUUUAGCGUUCACACAAAUGCAGCUAUCAACAGAAUACCAUCUGUGGAAACAACUGGAAUCAGAUCAACUGUUUGUGGACCAGAAUCCUUCACACCUGAUGGGCAACCAAACAUGGGAGAAUCUACACAAGUGAGAGGAUAUUUCCAUGGAAGUGGAUUCAACAGCGGAGGAAUGAUGUUGGGAGGAGGAGCAGGAAGACAACUCGCUCACUGGGUCAUUCAUGGAAAACCAGAAAUUGAUCUGGUGAACUGUGACAUCAGAAGGCACCCUGUAAAUCUAUCCAACCCAAACAAAUGGUUGUUGGAAAAAUCCCAUGAGAAAUUUGCCAAGCGAUUCAACAUUCAUUAUCCUCAUGACCAAAGUCUUGGUGGAAGAAACCAACGUAAAGGAAGAUUGUAUCAGGAGCAUGCAGAUGCUGGUGCUUUAUUUGGGGAUAAAUUUGGAUUUGAGCGCCCGGCAUAUUUUGUCAAGGACAAAGAUGGCCGCCCUCAAUCUGAUCUUCAUUUGCUUGAAUAUGAUUUCUAUGGUGCUUAUAAUAAUAAACUUCACGAUCCUCACAAUUAUUAUGAUGAAGUUUUAAAAGAUUGUACAUUUGAUUUUCCAGAAAAAAGCCAUCGUUUGAUUAAUGACGAGUGCAUGAAGUGCAGAAACUCAGUGGCUGUGUUUGACUUAUCAUAUAUGGCCAAGUUGUACAUUGGUGGAAAGGAUGCCGAUCAAACAGUGGCCAAGUUGCUCACCAGAGACAUUACUAAGACCAACAAUCGCUUUGUAUAUUCUCUCAUGUUGAAUAAAGAUGCAGGAGUGGAAUGUGAUGUCUUGGCUACAAAGAUGACAACUAAGUCUGGAGAAACAGAGUACUACAUAACUGCCCCAACUUCUGCUGCACAACAUUGUCUUGCCCAUAUUCAACGUUUGAUACAAAAUGAAAAGUUGCAUAGCACUGUGGAAGACCGAACAGAGGACACAUCCAUUAUCAGUGUGCAAGGACCAAUGAGUGGUCAUGUGGUGUAUGAAUUGACCAAAGAUGCUGCGCUGGAAAGUUUAAAAUAUUCAGAGUGGAAGUCAACUAAAGUUGGUGAUCAUGCGAUUAUGCUUGGCAGGUUGUCAUUUGUUGGAGAGUUUGGGUUUGAAAUUCAUUGCUCAAGUGAUCAUGUUAACCAGAUAUUUGCACAAGUUAUGGAAGAGGUUCAUAAACAUAAUGGUUGUAUGGCAGGUUACAGAGCAAUGGAAUCUCUCAGCACUGAAGCAGGAUUCCACCACUGGCCUCACUCAAUAAAUGCAAAUGUAAACCCCAUGGAAGCACGUCUCACCCAAUUUUGUUCACCAACUACAAAAUAUUUGGGUGGGAAAGCACUAGAGAGUCUAAAAUCCUCACCUCGCCAGAAACUUCUGGCUUACUUUACUGUGGACAGCAAUGUCCCAGUUCUCGGCCAUGAAAUUAUUUGGAGAAAUAAUGAAAUUGUUGGUUUCUUGCGUGCUGCCGACUAUGGUUACUCUCUUGGAACAAACAUAGGUUACGGAUAUGUAAAGAUUCCAUCAGUGAACGACGAGAUUAUUAAGAGCGGAAAUUAUCAAAUUGAGAUAAUGGGAAAGAUGUAUCCAGCCCAGGCAAGCAUCAACACUCCAUAUUUACCAUACUUGUCCAAGAUGUUUGAAAUGAAAAAAUUUACUUAACUGAGUUUUUUUGCUGUACUUUCAUUUGUACAAAGAAGUUUGAUACAGUUGUAUUUCUUGCAAUGCGACAAAUGUAGCAAUUAUAAUUCUAACCUCAAAAGAGACAUAGGUAUUUGUACUUUGUAGAAAACCUAAUUGCAUGUAACAAUUUAAUUUUGCACUUUUUACGCAACUUAGUGGCAUUUUAAUUGCUAGGGUAUUCUCUUAGUCUGUGGCCUGUUUUAAACAUUAUAAUUUUGCACAGGUUUUGAUUAAAUGGCGGUUAACUUAUUUGUGAACAAUAAAGCAAUGAGAGUGUUUUAUA